GAUGUAUUACGGCGCAGGCUAGGAUGUGGAGGACGAGUCUGCCGUUCGGACCCAGGAUGCCGCAGCUAUGCUUUCAGUGCUAGAUGUCUCUUCCCCCCUCCCCCUCCCCUAAACAGGAAAAAGAAAAGGAGCCAAUCUCGAGCUAUCGCAUGUAUUAUUCCACAUGGUGUCAACGACAAAUUCGGGGAGGGUCAUUCCAUUUUGGCAAGGUUACCACUGAGCAUGGCGUUUUCGGGAUAUCGUGCGGUGCAACACUUGUUUUGUGGUCUUACGGCACCAGCUUGCAUAUUUACAAGAUGCACCUAAUCGUGCUUUUGGGCUCUUUUUGCCUGUUUUCGCCUUUUCUUCGUCUUUUUUUUUUCUGCCUACCAAAAAAAGCUUGUUAUCUAACUUCAUCGUUCGUGGCGCCAGCUAUAGUCCACGGGAGCAUACAACACCGGCGUUUUUCUAUACCGAGGGAGAGAGAGAGCGAGAGAGCGAGAGAGAGAAGCAGCAGCAUAUGGAAGGGUUGAGGAGAGAGGAGAUAUCGUUUGUGUGAUUACUAUGACCACGAUUUCGGAACUCGAAAGCUGAGGAUACCCAGACCCCGUUUCCCGUUUCCCGUACGGCCUCCCUUUUGCG